UAAAUGAUUCACCUAUAUGUCGUUUUAUUUCAUAUUUCAGAUAAUAAACUUCACGGAGCCUUUUUUUGCUCCUCCUGUGGUGGUAGUGAUACCAAAAUACAGCUACAACAACAACUAUUCGUAUUCUUCUCGAUGCAAUGCCAUUACCGCGUGGAUUGAGCACACAUCCACAAAAGAUACGCAGGUGUGCGUAAGAAACUACAACAGUAACCCCAAGAAUAAGGAUACUAUAACAGUCGACUACACGGUGAUUGGAGACUUGAAUCCCUGCCUAGAAGUUACUUGUCAUUAUCACGGUCUGUGUAAGGCUUUUGGUCCUCAUGACGCUCGCUGUGUGUGUGAAAGCCGCUGUCCAUCCUACCACGAGCCUGUCUGUUCAUCAAAUGGCACAACAUACGACAAUGUGUGUUUGUUUGAGCAAGAAAUGUGUUUCCUUCGAUUGAACUUCACUGUACAACAUCCUGGUAGUUGUGAAGGAUUUCCUUUUCAGCGAGGUCGCCGUCACAUGCCACACAUUCCGUCACUAGGGUACUCGCACUGCGAAGUUGUACGUUUCAAACCUUACGUGUUCUAUACCGACAAACCCAUUGAAGUGCAGAUAACUGUCAAUCAUAUUGAUACCAGUGACAAGUCAUAUGUGCAUGAUGCUGCUGUGUCUUGGGUUGAAAAUGUGAAUUUUGAUCGAUUCACUGCCUGUGUUAUGGCGGCAGGCUUUAACGAGCGUAAGUCAAAUGCUAACGUGACAGUCGAUUGGAUGGCGUACCAGGGGGCUCCAAUGGGUGGUGUUGCCGGUAAAGUUAGAAUAUCACAAUGGUGGACUGGAACGACUUGCAAAGCUGUGCACUUUCCGUCAUUAUUAGUCAAACCUUUGGUAUUUGUCACAGCUGAGCACCACCAUUCCGGCCUGAAGCGUGAUGCUGCUAGUGUGUGGGCUGAAGAUGUCACUAAAUCGUCCUUCAACGUUUGUUUAAGAGAAUUGGAGAACUACGCAGGAUCUCACGAAGAUCUUUCUGUUCAUUGGUUGGCGUUCACCCAUCUUCACAAGCCUCCCUUUUCAGAACAUGACUCGAUUUACUUUACGAACAACAAACCUCCUGCUAAUGAUCAUAACAACGCCUUCUGCAAGGACGUUAACUUCAGAAACUUUUACAAUGGAACCCCAAACGUGUUUGUUUCUGCUGAUCAUUCAUCAAAAGGAGGGAAUCUAAGUCCAGUUCACAAUGGUAUAACUCCUUGGAUAGAGUAUAUCAACAAGACUGGUUUCCGCGUUUGUUUCAAAGAAUUAUUUGAAGUAAAAUACGACCCUCUGUCCAUUUCUUACGCUGUUUUGUCAGAGAUAUGCCGGCCUGGAUGGGGUUAUUUCAAUGGUUAUUGCUAUUUCACCAGUUCUGAAUGCUCUUCUUGGCUAACAGCUGUGUCAAAUUGUUCUACGAUGGGCGCGCAUCUCGUGACGGUUCACAACCAAGAGGAAAACGUAUACAUUCAACACCGUCAUAACGGAAAGAGAUCCUGGAUAGGGUUGAAUGAUCGAAGCGUGGAAGGCUCGUUUGUGUGGACAAACAGAGAGAUAAAUGGGUUUAGGUUCUGGGCUCCAAAACAACCAAACAAUCACAAAAAUCAAGACUGCGUACACACUCUUGGUGCGAAGGAAGGGUACACUUGGGAUGACGUGUCAUGCAAUAACUGUUACAACUUUACUUGUUUAAAAGGUAUAAGAGAGUCGAAGCAAAUUCCCAAUCUACUAUGA